AUGAGUUUAUAUUCCUUAUUAAGAAAUUAUUCAAAGCCUACAAUUAAACAAAUUGAAUUAUCUUUAGAUGGUAAUUUAUGUAGAUGUACUGGUUAUAGAUCUAUUUUAGAUAUGGCUAUAUCUUUAUCUGAUGAAUAUAAUCAUGAUUUAAAUGAUAAUAUAAAUGAUACUAAUAAUAAUACUUCUAUUUAUGGUAAUGGAUGUGGUAAUUAUCAAUGUAAAUGGUUUGCAUCUACUCCAAUUAGAAAUGUUGCAUCUAUUGGUGGUAAUAUAAUGACAGGUUCACCAAUUUCAGAUCUUGUCCCAAUUUGGCAAUCUUUAAAUGCUAAAUUAAAUUUAUUAAAUAUUAAAACAAAUGAAAUUAGAAAUAUUUCAAUUAGAGAUUUAUAUAUUGGAUAUAGAAAAUUAAAUAUAUUACCUACUGAAAUAUUAUUGAAUGUAAUAAUUCCAAAUAUAGUAACUGAUAAUAAUAUUUAUUGUAAAGCAUUUAAACAAUCUAAAAGAAAAGAAGAUGAUAUUGCAAUUGUUAAUUCAUGUAUGACAAUUAAAUUAAAUAAUAAUAAUAUAAUUGAAGAUUGUUCAAUUUCAUUUGGUGGAAUGUCAUUUAUGGUAAUUUAUUUAAAUUAUUUAAAUGAAUAUUUAAUUGGAAAGAAUUUUAUUGAAAAUUAUAAUUUAAUUUUAGAAAAUUCAAUUAAAUUAUUAAAUGAAAAAUUAAAUUUAAAUGAAAAUACACCAGGUGGUCAAUCCUUAUAUAGAAUGACAUUAUCACAAAAAGAAGAAAGUAUUCAAAGUGAAUAUCAUUACUUACCUAAAAUAGAUAAAUAUGAAUUUGGACAAUAUAUUCAAGAUUUAAAAUUAAAAUCAAAUAUAAUUGAUUUAAAUUUAGUUAAAGAAUUAAAUACUAUUGGUAAAAAUCAUGUUGAUAUAUAUGGUAAAAAAUCAGUAGAAGGAAAAUCACAAUAUUUAGAUGAUAUUCCACAUUUAGAAAAUGAAUUACAAGCCUAUCCUAUAUUUACAACACAACCUUAUGCUAAAAUUAUUGAAAUUGAUGAAAGUAAAGCACUUGAAAUGGAAGGUGUUAAAUAUUUUGUAAAUUAUAAAGAUGUACCAAAUAAUAAUAUUGGUAUUGUAAUACCAAAUGAAGAAGAAGUAUUUAAAAGUAGUGAAUCAACUUCAUGUGGACAAUUAAUUGGUUUAAUUUUAGCAAAUACUUUAAAUCAAGCAAGAGAAGCAUCUAAAAAAGUAAUUAUUAAAUAUCAACCAUUUGAAAAUAGUAAACCUAUACUAAAUAUAGAUGAUGCUAUUAAUAGUAAUUCAUUUUUUAAUGAUCAAUAUAGACAUUUACAAAGUUCAAAUAUUUCAUUUUCUGAAUUUAAAGAAAUGAUUAAAAAUACUAAAAUAGAAAAUGAAUAUGAAUAUAUAGAAGGUGAUUGUUAUAUUGGUGGACAAGAACAUUUUUAUUUAGAAACACAAUCAUGUUUAGUAAUACCUGAAUCUAAUAAUUUUAUUGAAAAGAGUGGAUGGACUAUUUAUUCAUCAACUCAAUCAAUUUCAACAACUCAACAAUUAGUUUCAAAAGCUUUAAAUUUAUCAAUGAAUCAAAUACAAGUUAAAACUCCACAAAAAAUAGGUGGUGGUUUUGGUGGUAAAGAAACAAGAGCUUCUGUUUUAGCAUGUGCAUGUGCAAUUGGAGCAUUAAAAAGUCAACAAACAGUUAGAUUAUGGAAUGUUAUUUUCAAUAGGACCAUCAAAUUAUAA